AUGUCCGCCGCAAACCAGGCUUUUCGAGGCGCCUCGCUGUACGCGGGCAUCUUUGACGACGCGCCCAGCGACGUGCCACAGCAAGACAUCGCCUCAUCCAAGUCCGGCCAAGAAGCCUCAGCUACAGGCGACUCGGCAGCCGGCUCGUCGUCCAAGCCUUCAGGCAAUGCAGGCUGGUCGGCCUCACUGCGCUUUGCGCCGCGACGCACGGGUGGGGCCAAGCCCAAGUCGCGCCCCAACGCCGCCUUUGUUGCGUCGUUCGCACCUGUACCUCCGAGCGACAAGCCUGAACAGUCCAGCAAAGCCAUCCUCGUGCCAUCGCCUCCACAGCACACGUCCGAUGCUGCGGGGACGACGUCGUUACAAGCGGCCCAACCCACCGAGCCCUCAAUUGCGGGGGUAGUGAAAGUGGAGCAGGGGAAGGCCGAACGCGCGAUAGGGACUUCGGACCUCAAGCUGACGGCGCUUGCACUGCCGCAGAGCGCAGACGAUGGAUGGCUUGCAGCCGAGCUGGACAAGUACCGUGUGGACUCAGCGCCGCCGUACGUGCUUGCGCCCGAAGAGCUGGAACGCGACAAAGCACUCGCUCGAUACCCUGAACGCGGCGACGAUUGGGACGAAGCCGAGGCCGAUGACGAUGUCAAUGGCUUCUUUGCCACAAAUGCGGGCAAACGCGCUCGAAAGAAGAAGAAGCGCAAGCGAGGGAUGUCGCCCGUGGGACCGAGUCUGAACGGCGAAUACGAUCCGCGUGUUCCCAACGACUACCUUGCGUACAAGCAGGUGGUGUACGAUCGACGCUGUGCGCAACUCGACCAGCAAAAGUGGCAGCAAGAAUACGACCAGCCAAACUGGCAAGAAUACGACGACCAACAGGAUCAGCCCCACUCUGAAUCUUCGUGGAACCAGGGUGCGAUGACGGGAGAAGAGGCGUAUGCGCGCAGAGUUGCAAUGAGCGCAAGAACAGGCCAAGAGGCGUACCAACGCAGGAUGGCCAUGUCCCAACCACCCGCUCCUGGCCCUCCACCACGUCCGCCGCCUUCACUCCAAACAUCCGAUGUAGACGCACGUCAAAACGCCGCUGCCAUAGCUGCACGCUUAGCUGCCCUGGCCCCACCACCCACAACCCAGCCUUAG